GAGUCGAAAGCCAAAGUCGCCGAUGUCAUAGUGGGCAACUUCUCACGUGCAGCCAAUCACCGCCCACCAGCAUUCACCGCCUCGAUCGGCACUGAAAUCUGCGAGAAUUGGUGGAAUUUCCUUUUUCAUACCACCCGCAGGGCGCCCGAUUCACCUCUGCGGUCUUAUUUCUCUCUUCCUGAAUUGAUCAAUGCCGACGCGCAGUCAAGUACCUUCAAUAUGUCUCACCUCGAUCACGGUGGCAGAAUCGUGCCCAUACUCGCGGGUCAUGAACAUCUGAAAGAGGAGCUUCCCCAGACGGCCGACCCGCUGCAGGUCCAGCAGGCUCAGGCUGAGCUGUCCGCCAAAAAACAGAAUAACAUGGACCAUGCAAGCUUGGAAAUGCCCUGCUUAAAGGAACGGGGCCUGUUUGCCCUACCUACCGAGGGAGAUGGCAAUUGCCUCUAUUAUUCCCUCUCCGAUCAAUUGUACGCCAACACCUACCAUGCCGACGAGAUUCGCCAGUGCCUGGCCACGCACAUGGCCAACAACAAAACAUACUUCAUGCAGUUUGUCGUGGCAGAGGGUGGAGAACGCCGUCGGCCUAAACGUGCAGCUGCAUCCGCGUAUGCCACGCGUUCUGCCAAUGUCUCAUCCCCGUCUCUCGAGGACAAGGAGCGUCGGUUCGAGGAUAUGAUUGCAACCACUCGGAAGAAUGGCGAGUGGGCUAGCUCGGAGCAUCUCCAGGCAUUUUGCCAGGUCUUUCAGGUGGAUCUGAAUGUCUACACCAUGGAUGGAGUUCAGGUGUUUCGAGAUGUGAAUGCUCUUCCCGAUCAACCCCGGGAUGUACUCCAUGUCGCGUUCCAUGACUUCAAACAUUACUCGUCUGUGCGGAGACUCAAUGGCCAACAUCAAGGGCUUCUCGCCGAUGCAAACGGCGCUCCGCUAACCAGCGACAAGAUCAAGCCAGAAGUAGAUAGGAAACUUGAAGACCGCAAAGACUCACUCAUUAUUGAGGACAAUGGUCCUAUAGAUCCUGCUCACAUUGUUGAUGAUGAUUUGGCAGUGGACAUUCAUCCUCCGUGGGAUAUCACAUCCAUUCAAGAGUGCUUUGGUGGCCGCUAUGACCGCGAGACCAUCGUCGAUAUACUUCAAAAAUGUCGCGGUGACAUUGACCGCGCAUUUGCUGCCUUGCUGGAUGAAAAGACCGAUGUGCCAUUCGACAAAAAGGCUGCUCCAGGGCUUCCCAUUAAGCCAAGCUUACAGGCAUCACGGUCCUCUUCCCCGUUCAGCACAGGAAGCAAGCGAUCCGCAGAAGACAGCGACGACUCGGAAGAUCCACGUCCAGCUCGUCGAACGCGACCCAAGAGGCGCAUCGUUUCCAACCUAACACUCGGGGUUGGAAUAUCAUUCAGAGACGAUCAAAACGAACUUGUCUCUUUGAAUCUUCGCAUGAAAUCCGAAACAGAAAACGGUCCAAACACAGACCCCCUCUCCUCAAUCCCGGGUAACACAACCCCGGAGCCAUCAGACUCAGACGGAAAGGCGAACCCACGUCGCAGCGGCCGACUUUCCGUCCCGCGACCUCUCUGA